UCAAUUCAGUUCAAUCCAACCCAAUUCCAUCAAAACCACACCCUAACCAACCACACUCCACGACCCUCCCUCUGACCUCCUCCGACCUCCAACCGGAGAACAACCAAGAUGGUCCUCGACGACGCCUCCCCCCAAGGCACAACAGACACAAUGGGCGCCCCCCUCCCCGCCGACAGCUUCGUGCCCCCGAACCCCGAAUUCCCGAUCCCAAAAUACCACCCAGCGCAAGUGCGCCCAGAGACAGUCGUACGCCCGGACCUCUUCAUAAUGGCAUUCUACCCGGGCCCACAAGCCUGGCGCAGGAAACUCACCGCAACGAUCAACCGACGUCUCCUCACGAUCCAAGCCGUGGCCGAGCGACCCGUGCGACAGGAGGAAGUCGACGCGAUAACGCAGCACGCCAGCCGCAAGGUGUACUACGAGCGAUUCGGCGCGCCGGUCGGGCUCGCAGUGACAUACUGGUCCGUGAACCGGACGCUGCGGACGCACGAGACGUGGCGGAUGUAUUACCGCGAAGACGGGGCGUGGGUGAAGCCGGUGGAGGGGGUCAAGGCGCUCAUGAACAUGGCGAAGGCGGACUCGGCGAACGCGGCGAGGAUCAUGGGGGUGGUGGGCAUGCGCGGGUUCUUCUGGACGCUGGCGGGUCUGACGCUGAGUAAUAUCGUGGCGGCGUUUACGGAGAGCGUGGGCAUGGCGGUUGACCCGCGACUGGAGGAUUUUAGGAAGCAGGGGACGAACCAGAGCACGGAGGCGAUUCAGCGGAAGCAGAAGGAGGCGAUGAUGCGCGAGUUGGCGGAGAAGAGGAGGGGGCAGGUUGUGGGUAAGGAGGCCGUGGAGGAGCAGGCGGCGCCGGUGGAGACGGGUUGGGAAUCGCAGUCGUCGGCUUCUCGGCCUCAGAUUCAGACUCAGACUCAGACUCAGCCGAUUGUGGAGCAGCCUCAGGGCCAGAGUUUCUUCGAUGAUGACGAUGCUAGUCCCACGGCUCCGGAGUACAGGGCGGCCGAGCGCAAGAGUCAGGGCGGAAGUGCCUGGGAACGGAUCAGACAGCAGACUAUGUCGGGCUCUCCGGAGCAGGAUCAGGGAAGCAGGGGUUCCUGGGAAGAGGCAUCUAGCUCUGGCUCUAGCUCUGGUUCUUCCGCUUCAAGUCCGGAUUGGAGUCGGCAGCGAGAGCGCCAACAGUCUCAGGCCGAGUUCGAUCGGCUGGUAGAGGCCGAACGGAAGGCUGGUGCUGAUUCCUGGAGUGGAGGAAAGAGCUGGUGAAGUUCGAUCUACCAAGGUGAUGGCAUGGAAAGAAUGCCUUGAUUCAAUGUACAUGUACGUUUAGCCAAAC